AUGCGGCUGUUUAAGGCGAAAAAGCUCCUUGAUGGGCCGCAAGUGUUAGCCCGAGGAACCAGCCCUGCAGAUGGGCCCGUCCACGGGGACAUUGGACCGGUGCCGGCUGUUUCAGCGGGAGCUAAAUUUGCCCCACACCUGAUGGACGAAAGCGAUGAGCUCACGGAAAUGGUCCACCCGACAUGCUACACGCCCCAGGAGGUAUCACUUCCGAACCCGAUCCAGGAGGGCAUCGAAAGCAACCAUAGUGACAUGGAACCGGGAAGAAUGUUGCCGGCUGGACAACACGAAGGACUCGGCCAGCAGGCGGCCAUGGGACGGAAUGGAAUCGGUGCACUGGCGGGCUAUCGGCUGGUGACCGCCGUCCCAGCGCUGGUCCUCGAGGACGAACCACCCCAGCGAGCCACGAAGGAGAGCAAGAACGUGUUCACAUGGGGCCGCAAGAUGGGCAAGAAAUUCGAUCUCCUUCGACGUGGCAGCGACGCACACAAGCUAGCCGUGCCGGGUAGUGUGUCCCUUGUCACCGUCGCACCACCAAUCGUUCCACCCUGCACGGCAGCAACCCCACCGUCACUAUUCAACGUGGCAACAUCGAUAUCGUCCUCUUCGGAGCCGUGCAUCAACGCGAUCUGCGGUGAUCAGGACGAACCGAAGAAAGCCAAACAUUCCACCCCGCUGAAAGCAUACCAAAGUCAUCGAUCCGUGAAUGGGUCGGCAAAUGGACACGAGCCCCUGAUGAAGCUCAACUCGGAGCGAUCCUCGGGAACGUUCCGGAACUUCUUCUAUCGUAUGGGCUCCACUGGCAUGCUUAACCAUAAGUCGAGCCAGUAUCAGAAGCAACAGUUUCUGCAGCAACAGCAGCAACAGCAACAUCAGCAUCUCCAGCAACAACCGCAUCAGAUGCUGCAGCAAAUGUCGCUCGCUCACACGCCAGCUGAUGCGGGUAAGCUGGAAAAUCAACAGAUGCUCUAUCGGAGCAGUUCAACUAGCCAGCUGAACAGCUCGUCGUACGUCAAGUGUGAUGAUCCAACUGACGGGAUUAACCUUGCUAACGGCCAUCCGAAACCGGGCAUUGGUAGCUCUUCGUCGUCCUCACAGCUUCACUUAACAGGGCUUCGGGAUGAGAACGGAACUGGAACGGCGAGUGAAUCCACUUCCGGAACUGGCACUCCCAACGGUUCCGGUGGCAACACCUCGUCGAACACCAGCACCACAAAGUCGUCUAGCUGUGAUGAUAUCGCACGUGUUGGCCAACAGUCAGGUCCGGUGGAAGGAUCUCUUUCGAAAAAGAACCACUUCCCGUACGCGUUCCUGCGCUCGAAGCUGUCGGUGUUGCCGGAGGAAAAUGGCGGAUCGGUGAUCAACUACAACCGCAUCAAGGAGAACCUGUUGCGAACCGGAAACCGUGGUUCAAUCGUCAGUUUGCGCUCGGAUCUUGACAGCGUCUCCAUCACCGAUUCGCAGCUGAAUAUUUCGGGUGAGAGUGGCAGUGACGUGUUUCUGCCAACGGCCACUGAUAACAAAUCGAUCGGUGCUGGAAGUGACGUUGGGGUUAUGUCGCGGAACAACUCCAUUAAGACGCUCACCGACACCGAGCACAGUUUCGUGCUAAAUUACCAACGCCUGAGUAGCUGUCUGAGCAGCAACGAAUCAGGAUACGACAGUGAUGGUCGUCAUGCGGAGGAUAAGAUCGAUGAUACGAGCAACGCGUCGCUCAACAGCAGCGUCAGUUCGUCCCAUCAACCGCAAAUAGCAGCCGGAUCCGGAACAUCCUUUAACGGAGGUGACGCUUAUGUUGACGCAAUUCGGAUGAAGGAUCAGUCGUACGUGUUUGGCAGCAGGCGGCGACUCUCAUCGUCCUCAUCGUCGAUCGUUUCCGGUGUCGGAGUGGGCAGUGGGUUUGACUGUAGCACGAUCCGGCGCCGGUUCCGACAGAUCAAGCUGGUUAAACAGCAGGGCGAUGACACGAUCGGUAUCGAGCUGACACCGCAGACUGUCGGCCUGGAGGAGGGUGAAUGCGAGACGCGCUAUCUGGUCACCGAGAUCGACCCGGAUGGCAUUGCUUAUAAGGAUGGACGAUUGCGCAUCGGCGACGAGAUUGUGAACGUAAACGGGCAUCAUUUACGUGGCUUGCAGUCUCCCAGCACUGUCCAGCGGAUCCUAUCGACAUUUGUCAACAAUGUCGUAGAUCUUGUCAUUGCACAUGACGAGUUAACUACGUUCAGCUCUGACGCCAAUCGAAAGAUAAAGAUCGACUCCCGGCCGGUCGGCGGAUCCGUCGCAUCCGGUGCGAUCUCGAUCACAUCCAGCGGCUCAUCGGCGUCCUCGUCGUCAUCGUCCUCGCCGACGCGCGCAUCCGGGAAACCCGGAACCGGUGGCCAAACGAAACCGUUCCCGCUAACGCCGAUCUAUGCGCCGUCUGACUACGUGCCGGUGUACGCGAACCGCAUCUCGAUCUCGAACACGAUCUGUGACGAUGAAAAGUGGCAAAUGAUCAGCAAGCAGCGGCUCGAGGCGUUGGCAAAGAACGGCUACUCACAGAUCCUCGGCUCGAAGCGUCUCAUCAAGGAUAGCGACGAGGAACUGGCCGUUGGUGGCGUUGAGACGAAGCACAUCAUUGACUCGAACGAGACGGGGUUGUAUUCGCUUUACCGGCCGGUUUCUCACGGUAGCAUCAACCAAUCGAUCCGACAUUUGACGGGACCCGGUGAUGAUGGCGCACGGUCAUCCAUGGCCACUGCCAGUCAUCCAACGGUGCUGGUGCAGGUGAUCUCGGACACUAUACGUCGAAACGUCCCAAUCGGGGCGUUACGAAAGACCCAGCUUGACAACUAUCGAGGAGCCAACGCUCCGAAGAGUGAAGAAGACAUCCCCCGAUCGGUGCAAAGAAUUCGUCUUCAAUCGGAGGACGCUGAGUCCCGUGGCCUAACGGACACGAAAACCGACACGAAUGUCCCGCUACAGCGCUCGAAAACGGAAAACAGCAUAAAUGGUGCUCGGGAGGAUCUGGAAGCCUCACUGGAUAGCACGAAGUUUGAAGCUGGCGUGCGGAUACUGAUCAACGAAGAAGGAUCGUCCUACAUCGAAGGAAUACACAAGUGCACUUUCCUGACUGUCACCUUUUACAAGGGAACUGGCAUGAAAUCGCUUGGGUUCAGCAUAGUUGGAGGCCGCGACUCACCGAGAGGCAACAUGGGUAUCUACGUGAAAACCGUUUUCCCGAGUGGACAGGCCGCACUCGAUGGCACGCUGAUGGCGGGAGACGAAAUUCUUUCCAUCAACGAUGCGGCUGUACAGGGCAUGAGCCACUGCGAAACGAUCGCGCUGUUUAAGAACGUCAAGGAAGGCCCAGUCGUGCUCAAGCUGGCUCGUAAAAGAUACCACCAAAGCCGAGCAAAGUCGGUGGAUAAUCUCCCGAACUGA